AUGUCGUGCGUGGAGAGUCGAGUGCGCGAAAUGAAAGUUCGUUUUAACGCCGAGUUAUUGAAGCGUCAUUGUGACUUGAAAAAUAGUGUGUUUUUAACUGAUGAGCGAUAUUAUCAAUUAAUUAAAGAUGAAAGUGACGUUUUUGAUGUGUUACAUGAUGCUCACCAAUCGUUAGGACAUGGAGGACGAGACAGAAUGUUGUAUGAGCUUAAUAGUAAGUUUAAAAAUAUUACGCGCUUCGAAGUAGAUCUUUAUUUGUCAUUAUGCGAACUGUGUCAAUUAAAACACAAAAAAAUUAGAAAAGGAUUAGUAGUGAAACCCAUUAUUUCUAGUGAAUUUAAUAGUCGCUGUCAAGUUGAUUUGAUCGAUUUUCAAUCAAAUGCUGAUAAACUUUUUAAAUUUAUAAUGGUAUAUCAGGACCAUUUAACUAAAUUUGUCGUCAUAAAACCAUUAAAGACAAAAACUGCAGAAGAAGUGGCUUAUAAUUUAAUUGAUAUUUUCACUUUACUUGGAGCACCUUCUAUAUUACAAUCCGACAACGGUCGUGAAUUUUCCAAUCAAAUUGUUUCUAACUUAAAAAAUUAUUGGCCCAAUUUAAAAAUCGUUCAUGGAAAACCUCGACAUUCCCAAAGUCAGGGAAGUGUCGAACGGGCAAACCAGGACAUUCAAAAUAUGUUGAUGACAUGGAUGAGGGACAAUAACACUUCAAAGUGGAGUGAAGGUCUAAGAUUUAUUCAACUGAUGAAAAAUCGAGCUUAUCAUAAAGGUAUAAAUAGGUCACCUUACGAAGCACUU